AUGGCUAUUCAUACAGGUGAUCUUGAGUGUACAAAGGAGGAGUUGGCUGAGGAAUUUGCGAUCCGAUCGAAUUCAACCGUCCCCAGCUCGAAUUCGGCCAUUUUUGGCACGACUCUCACGUUUCCAUUGCCACAGACAAUUGAGGCGCUUCAAGACCCGUCCAAUAAGUGCCUUAGUAUACCCGGAAAAUCGCUGAAGAAGAUCAAAGAAGUUGCAGACAUGGUAACGCAGUCGUUAAGCAGUGGCCAGAUCGUUCUCACUUUCUUAGAGCCGGUGUUCUUACUCACCCACCAGUCACAGCUUUUAUUCACUUAUUCUUCCCGCGCUAAAUUUUUUCAGAGGAUUAAGGAGUUGUUAACAAAUUUAAGCAUAUUGUUACAGGAUUUGAUGUCAAGGGGUAGGGCAAAAAGAGCUAAAAGAGAAUGUAUCCAAAAAAAUAAAAGAGCUAAAAGAGAGAGGAUCAGUGCAUUACCGGAUGCCCUCCUUUGUCACAUCCUCUCUUUUCUGCAAACUGAAGAUGCUGUGAUGACUAUGUUUUUGUCUAGAAGAUGGAAGAACAUUUGGGCCUCUGUUCCAAGUCUUGACUUCGAUGACGACGACGGUGGACGUGGGAGUAGAAGUAUUUCGAAGUUUAUUGAUAAUGUACUCUUCUUCCGUGACUCGACAGACAUUCAUAGGUUUUGUCUCUCUUGCGUUUGUCUCAUUGAUUAUGAUCGUUUUUCUGGUUGGAUUGGCACUGCCAUUAGGCGCAAUGUUGCUGAACUUGAUCUUGGUGUUGAGUAUGAGGAUGAUGAUGACAAACCUCUAAUCUUUAAGUUGCCUCAGAGUGUUUUCACAUAAACUUUGAGGAUUUUGCGCCUGUGGUCAAAUUAUAUCAUCGAUGCUCCUGCAUCAGGGUGUUUUCCGAAUCUCAAGACUUUAUAUGUUCAUAUUGCUCAUCCUGUCAAUAACUCAAUGGAGAAGCUUUUUUCUUGCUGCCCCGUGCUGGAAGAUCUGAGCAUACAUGGAACUCAUGGGAUAGAGAAAGAUGAGGUCGUUUUGAAUUUCACCAUAUCUGCACCUGAACUGAAGACACUGAAUAUAGAUUGGACGACGCAUAAUAAUUUUAAGAAGUGCAACUUUCAUGUUGUUGCCCCAAAGCUUGAAAGUUUCCAUCUCCAGCCGUAUCCUUCAACUGAUUGUUUUUUGGAGGAUACAAAUUCUCUAGUAGUAACUAUUGCUCUACAGGACCAUUUUGCAGAUGAAAAUCGCCUGUUUGUUACCCAUGGAACUGCGCUUUUGGCAGUAAUUUCCAAUGUUAAAUUCUUGUCUCUUUCAGCACAUUGUUUGAAAGGUUGCUAUCUUCCUGUGUUUGAUAAGCUGAGCCGAUUGGAUCUUGCUCUUUACAAUUGUUAUUACUGGGAACUGCUAAAAGAGCUUCUCAGGAGAUCACCUCACCUGGAACAUCUCGUCUUAGCUGAAAGUAAGAUGUUACUUCAUACAUACAAUACCUAUUACAUGUAGCUGUCAAUGAUUAUUAUCUCAUGCAUCCAUUGUCUUAAAACUCCUCAGGACUUCAAAUGCCCUGGUGCAUCUUCGACUCAUCAAUGGAGUGCACCAGAGUCGAUACCUAUAUGUUUGUUGACACACCUCAAGACCGUCUCUAUAAGGGGAUUCAAGGGAAAGCCCGAUGAAGUCGAUGCAGCAAAGUAUUUGUUAAGGAAUGGUAAAGUUUUGAAGAAGCUGACUUUUUAUACUGAGAAUCUUUUGCGUACCAGGGAGGAGUUAUACAAUUAAGGAAUUGUCAAUAGGUCAAUGGGUUCAAAGACAUGCCAUAUUG